ACGUCGGGCCCCCCUUGCGCCCUCCCGCUAGACUAGGGUGGUUGCGACUCCGAGGGCUUUCCUGACUGACGUGCGGAAGCGGUCACAGACAGGACGACCGAGAGAAGGCUGAAAGGAUCCGUGGCUGGGCCAGAGGAGUAAGGGCAGCAAGAACCACAUUUGGCAACAAUGUCAGUGGAACUGGAGACCUCAGAGGGAGUAGAGGAGUCAGAGAAAGAGAGCCCUGGGGCCCCAGAAAGAGAGAACCAUGCCAGGAUGGCUGACCUCUCUGAGCUCCUGAAGGAAGGGACUAAGGAAGCACAUGACCGGGCAGAAAAUACCCAGUUUGUCAAGGACUUCUUGAAAGGCAACAUCAAGAAAGAGCUGUUUAAGCUGGCCACUACUGCACUUUACUUCACAUACUCAGCCCUUGAGGAGGAAAUGGACCGCAACAAGGACCAUCCAGCCUUUGCCCCCUUGUACUUCCCCAUGGAGCUGCACCGGAAGGAGGCACUGACCAAGGACAUGAAGUAUUUCUUUGGUGAGGACUGGCAGGAGCAGGUGCAGUGCUCUGAGGCCACCCAAAAAUAUGUGGAGCGGAUCCACUAUGUGGGGCAGAAUGAGCCAGAGCUGCUGGUGGCCCAUGCCUAUACCCGCUACAUGGGGGACCUCUCAGGGGGCCAGGUGCUCAAGAAGGUGGCCCAGCGGGCCCUGAAGCUCCCCAGCACAGGGGAGGGAACCCAGUUCUACCUGUUUGAGAAUGUGGACAAUGCGCAGCAGUUCAAGCAGUUAUAUAGGGCCAGGAUGAAUGCUCUGGACCUGAACCUGAAAACCAAAGAGAAGAUUGUGGAGGAGGCCAACAAGGCCUUCGAGUACAACAUGCAGAUAUUCAAUGAACUGGACCAGGCUGGCUCCUUGCUCGCCAAAGAGACCUUGGAGGAUGGGCUCCCCGUGCACAAUGGGAAAGGAGAUGUGCGUAAAUGCCCCUAUUAUGCUGCUAACCAAGACAGAGGUGCCCUGGAGGGUAGCAGCUGUCCCUUCCGAACAGCCCUGGCUGUGCUGAGCAAGCCCAGCCUCCAGCUCAUUCUGGCCACUAGUGUGGCUCUGGCUGCUGGCCUCUUGGCCUGGUACUACAUGUGAAAGACCCAUCACUUCAUGUUGGCGCCCUCCUCCUGACAGACUGCUGGCCUCUUCCCACCUCCACGUAUGACAAAACUACCAUCUCAGGUGAUUAAAAAAAAAAAAAUGCUGGGUUUGAGAAAAGCGUCCAAUAAAGGCCAGACACUAAAGCUUCUGCCUGUUAGUGUCCUCUACGGGCCAGAUGCUGAGCUGGGUGUAGGCCCACCCUCCUUGUAGCCCCUAGGCACUGGGAACAGUUAGUGCAGAUCAGUGGACUGGCCUGGACCUAUGGAACCAGCUUUGCUUCUGGGCGCCCACACCUCUCACCUGAGGUUUGUUCCUUUUGUUUUUUCUGUUGUGUCAGCAUUUAGGUGGGUAUCUUUCCCUCGCUGGGAGCAUAAAAGCCAGCCGGGCCCAGGCCAGUCUGCUAUAGCUCUUUGGGAGGGAGAGAGGCCCCCAGAUGCUCCUGCUCUACUGCAGGACUCCCCUGGGGAUGAAGUGGGGGGCAGAAGUGGAGUGCCAGGGCUGGCAUUCCACCAUGCAGCUCCGCCAAGGCCCUGGGAGCUCUGUCCUGGAAGGCAGUCCUCAUCCCUCUUCAGCAGAAACCCCCAACAAGGAUGUGUCCAGCCAUGGCCUUGCUCCUCUUCUGACUUGUGUCAUGCUACAGCACUUAAUAAAAAGUGGACUCUUGACAGCUGCUUCCUCCUUGCUGGCAUGGAUAUUGUCCUCGCGGGUACCUGACCGCCCCCUCCUACAGUCCUCCCAAGACUGCUGGUUGGUUACCUUAUAUCAUUAAAAACCAUGUACUUGCAUUAUAUAA